CUUGAUAAUCUAUGUUUCUGUUACUUUAUCUUUCUACAAUAUCAUAUCAUCAUAAAAGCUAGCCAUCUUAUCAGCAAGAUAAAGAAAAAACGAUGCUUUCAACUUACCCUAGCUUUGCUUUUUGAUACAGAUUUGGAAUGGAAACUUGUCUACGUUGGCUCAGCAGAAGAUGAGACUUAUGAUCAAACCCUAGAGAGUGUGCUUGUGGGCCCUGUUAAUGUUGGCAACUACCGCUUUGUCUUGCAGGCUGAUCCUCCGGAUCCAUCAAAGAUCCGCGAGGAAGACAUCAUCGGUGUCACUGUGCUACUGCUGACGUGUUCGUACAUGGGUCAAGAGUUCUUGAGAGUUGGAUAUUACGUGAACAAUGACUAUGAAGAUGAGCAACUCAGGGAAGAGCCUCCAACUAAGGUUCUGCUUGAUAAAGUCCAGAGGAACAUUCUCUCUGAUAAACCUAGAGUCACUAAAUUCCCUAUCAAUUUUCAUCCUGAAGACGAGCAGACUCCUGCUGCUGAUGCAGAUCCUCCUCUUCCUCCUACUGAACAAUCCGAUGAACAACAACCUGAUGACAACUCUGGUGAAGCUCAAGCUUUGCCUGAUCCUCCUCCUCCUACUGAACAAUCUGAUGACAAAUGUGGUGAAGCUCUAGUUUUGCCUGAUCAGCCACCAAAACCCCAGGAAUCGUGAUUCUUCUUUAAGCCAAGGUCUAGUUGAAAGAAAAAACUGGAUGAGAACUAUCAUCUCCUCCCUGUCUCGAAGAUCUUUUCAUUUUGUCAAAUUUUAUCACAACACAUUAUCUGGAAGUUCUGUCUUGUUUGUAGAGGCUUUAGGGAAGUGGUUCCUUACAUGUUUGAAUGUUUUUUGGGGAAAGAUUUUUAAUUAAUCGAAGCAGAACAAUAAGUUCCAAAUCAAGAUAACGUUAAAGACUUUUGAGAAUUAA